UCAUUUCUCCUCUCACCCCGUGGUGUUGACUGUCGUAUGUGCCAACAUGGGUCUGAUCACAGGACUCUGUACUUUCUUGUACCACUUCCCUCAGAUUUACAAAUGGCUGCUGAAACCGUAUUAUAUCACCUCGCUCUUCAUGACCGUCGCCUUCCUGGUGGUGCGAAAAGCUCCCGGUCUGUGCGAGCACCUGGCGAGCCAGAGGGAGGACGGCAACUCCUGCGACUUUGACUGGAGAGAACUGGAGAUUCUCAUGUUUCUCAGUGCAAUAGUGAUGAUGAAGAACAGGAGAGCCAUCACACUGGAGCAGCACAUAGGCAACUUAUUCCUGUUCAGUAAAGUGGCCAACACCAUCCUCUUCUUCAGGCUGGACAUUCGGCUCGGCAUCCUCUACCUCGCAUUGUGUGUCGCAUUCGUCAUGACCUGUAAGCCGCCUCUCUACAUGGGCCCAGAGUACAUCAAGUACUUCAGUGACAAGACCAUAGAUGAGGAGCUGCAGAGGGACAGUCGCGUCACCUGGAUUGUUGAAUUUUACGCCAACUGGUCCUCUGACUGCCAGUCCUUCGCUCCCAUCUUUGCUGACCUUUCUCUCAAGUACAACUGUGCUGGACUCAGGUUUGGGAAGGUGGAUAUUGGACGCUAUGGAGAGGUUUCAGAGAGGUACAGGGUUAGUACUUCCCCUCUGGCCAAGCAGCUGCCCUCACUGCUGCUUUUUCAAGGAGGGCGGGAAAUUAUGAGACGUCCAAUGGUGGACAAUAAAGGGAGAGCGGUAUCUUGGACCUUCAAUGAGGAGAACAUCAUCCGAGAGUUUAACCUCAACGAGCUCUUCCAGAAAGCCAAGAAACUGAACAAAGGUCGUGGUUUGAAGGGAGAGGAGCACAACGGCACUCAGCCAGGUGAGGGCAGUGACGAGCUCCAUGCUGAUGCCAAAACCCCAGAGCAGCCCACAGAGAGCAAGAAGGACCAGUGAGGUGAAGAGGAUGAUUCAGAGGGG